AUGAUUUCAGCAAUUACAUGGAUACCAAGAGGAUCAGCAAAGCCAAUCCCAACCAAAUAUAAUACAGAUAUCGAAGCAGAGAAACUGCAAGCUGAAGGCAUCGACGAAGAUGCUCAAGACGAUAUUCAAGAUUUAGAAGAUAACUCUGACUAUGAAGAAGAGGAAGAAGUAGUCACUGAAGAUGAAGAUGAUGAAGAUAAUGAAGAAGAUGAACAAGAAGAUGAAGAGGAAGAGGAACUAGAAGAAGAAAAAGAGGAAAAGUCAAAGUCAAAUAAUCCAGAAGAUGAAUUCAAUAGACGUUAUAAUAUGGAUGAUUAUGACAAUGACGAAGAACAAGAAAUGGAUGAAGAAGCAAAAGGAAUGAAGUUUAUAAACAAGGCAAUGAAGGGAUUGAUGUACUACAAGAACCCAGACAAAGACCCAUACCUCGGUGUUGGUGAUGGUGAUGAAGACGAGGUCGAAGAUUUGGAGGAUAUUGUUAUCCGUCCAACCGACUCGUUGAUUCUUGCCGCCGUUGCCAACGACGAGGAGGAAUUCUCACAUCUCAAUGUAUACGUCUACGAAGAAGAGGUUGACAAUCUCUACAUUCACCACGACAUUAUUCUCGCUGCCAUGCCACUCGCCAUUGCAUGGAUGGAUCAAAACCCAGAACUCAACAAAACCAACGAAAAGGGUAACUUUGUCGCUGUCGGUACUUUUGAAAGUUCAAUCGAUAUUUGGGAUCUCGAUGUCAUCGAUAAUCUCUAUCCAACCGUAACUCUUGGUCAAUCUGAAGUUGAAAAAGGAAAGAAAAAGAAAAAAGGAGUAUCAACUACAGGUAGUCAUAUUGAUAGUAUUUUAUCAUUGUCAUGGAAUAUUCAACAACGUAAUGUUUUGGCUUCUGGUUCAGCCGAUCGAACUGCCAAAGUAUGGGAUAUCUCUAAACAACAAUGUGUAAAUACUUUUAGUCAUCAUAAAGAUAAUAUUAUUUCAUUAGAAUGGAAUAGAAUGGAAAAGACAGCAUUAUUAAUUGGAUCACAUGAUUCAUCUGUAUCGAUUUGUGAUGUUAGAUCAUCGGAUCCAUCGACCUUUUUCCGUUGGAAGACACAAAAGAUUGAAUCGUUGUUGUGGAAUCCACACAAUGGUAAGGAGUUUUUCGUUGCCACUGAGGAUGGUAAUUUGACAUGCUACGAUGCUACCCUCGGUAGUAACAGCAAGCCAGUCUGGCAAUUAAAGGCUCACGAUGGUGGAUGCUCAACCUUUUCCAUUUCAACUGGAGCUCAACUCCUUGCCACCGGUGGUGAGGAUGAGACUGUCAAGUUGUGGGACAUGUCUGCCAAGGGAACACCCAAGCUCAUGGAAACUAGAAACAUUGGUGAGCAAGUCUUUUCUCUCUCCUUUUUCAGCUCUUCUCCCUACUUGUUGGCCAUUGGCUCUGAAAAUGUUACUCCACGUGUUGUAAACACUCGUCGUUUCAAGUCGAUCCAAACUGCAUUUGGUGUCGAGGCUCCACAAGGUCAAUCAAACGAUCCAACUUUGAAAAAGAACAAAAAGAAGAAUUUUAACAAGAAAAAGGUUGGUGAUGAAGAUGAAGAUGCCGCUACCGAUAGUGAUUCUGAUUCUGAUUCUGAUCAAUAA